AUGAAGCCAAGUACGGAUAUCUUGCGCGCGAAAAAGGUGCACUUGCUUGGCUUCACUUUGAUGUUGCUUGCCUGCAGCAGUCGGAAGACCUCAAGGAUGUGGCUGCAGUGAUCCUCAAAGGUGCGUGAGAAGAUCACUAUGUCAUCGACAUACACAAACGCACUCUUCCAAAGCACUGGUGCUAAUGCCUUGUCCAUCACUCUCUGGAAUGUCGCUACGCUGUUGCACAGACCCAUGGGCAUGCGGAUCCAUUGCAGUUGUGUCUGCCCGUUGACCGAGAAGGCCGUCUUGUGUCUGUCUUCUGGGCUGACUUCGACCUGCCAAAAGCCCGACGUCGCAUCGAGCGUCGUGAACCACGACAUGCCCUGGAGGGAGUCAAAACACUGAUCAAUCAAAGGUGGGGCGUAGCGAGACUUCUGAGUCAUUUCGUUGAGCCAGCGAUAGUCCACACACAGACGCCAGCUGCCGUCUUUCUUCUGACCAUUACGAUGGCUGCAUUGUAUUCAGAAUCAGCAGCUUCGACGACACCGCUGCUCUUCAAGUCGCUCACUAUCUUCACUGCUUCCUCAUGCUCAAUCUGAGCCAGCCUACGAGGCUUCAUGUACGGAGGAAUGCCACUGACACUGAUGCGAUGGACACCGAGAGACGGAUCGACAUGGCCAAGGUCGUUCUUGUCACACGAAAACACGCCCGUCCGUUGUGCUGCUUUGAUCACAUCCACUGCCCGUCUUUUCUGUUGGUCCGUCAGGCCUUUGCCGAUUUGUAUCCCAUGGCUGAUUUCGUCAGCAUCUGGGUAGCUACGGAUGCUUUCUGUUUGUGGCUGCGUGGCCAUCAAGUGAUCGAUCCGCUCUCUAUCAAUCUCACAAGGUACGACAUCAGCAUCAGCCACCUCGACUGCUGCAAUCCGUCCCGUCUCGUCCACAGGUCGCUGCAUUGUGGGCAUGGAAGGGAGUACAUCAAACCAGCCCAGCAGGUGGUUCUUGGGCAAGACGACCCUCUUGUGUGACGGAUUGCUGAUCCUGAUAUGCACACAACGACCUGAUAUCACUUCGCUUGUCUCGUCAUCUACACAUAGCCAUGCGCCUCUGUGGCAUGCGAGUGCUGGAUGCACUAACAGACGACCAACCUCCCCUUUCAUCUGUCUGUCAGGUCCCUUCAAUCGUGCUAGCACCCAUGUCUCCCUGCCGGCCGGGAUGGGUGUCUUUGCCGUGACAUGGACCUGAUAGCUCAAUCUCUUCCCGUCCGCAGGUGCGUCGAUUCGAGUCAGGCCAAAAGCCAUGACACUCAGGCUAUUUAUCCCACAUGUCUGUGGUGCGUGUAUGUCCAUAGGUGGCCAUUCUGGUCGUGAUGUGACACGUACUUUUCCGAUCUCAUGGUCAACGAUGACCCUUUCUUCGCGAAUCGCCUUGCCUCCCAGUAAGACGACACAUUUGGAGUCAUCGAUGACAUAGAAAUCGACAGGCAGCGGGUUCGUGGCUGCUGUCUGUGUGUCCAUUGUAUCAGGCCACAAGGCGACUCUUGCGACCUUUUCGACCGCCACUUCACCAUGGUGUAGCACACUGAGCGUCAUGACGCCUGGACAUAUCGUCACUUCUCUGUCUCCUUCCUUUCGCAGCUUGUCAAGCAUCUUGGUGCUCAUUACACUCAGGUCGGCACCAGUAUCAACGAGCACAUCCACUCUCACACCAUUUGCUUUCAUUCGCACCUAGGUCUGCCAUCUAACAGUCGGCACGAGCCCACGUCGUCUCUCUCGCCUAUCUUCUACAGCGCAGCACUGCAUCGCUUCCUCAGAACCACCUACAACAUCCCCCUCACAUACAUGUAAGUGAGCCGCCUGCACUGCAUCGUCAGUGCAUUGCAUAUGAUUCAACUGACACUCAUAUUCGUCACUCCUUUCAGGCGCAGCAGGCGGAGAAGAAGGCGUCCCCUCUUCCCGCCGGCCGCAAACGAGGGCUUGGCUGGAUCCGGCCUCGUUACACAGUUCCAGCCCUCCGUCAAUUGUCAUCGGUGGCGACCCACCACCACCGGAUCGACUAG